ACAGCCAUAUUUUCACCGGAUUUAUGGAUGUGUAUCUUUUUUUAUACCUCUUAUGAUCUAAUCCCACACUUUAUGUGUGUAGUACCGUUUAGUUGCAUAUAACGAGAAAAAUGACAAGGUCUAGCAAAUGUAGAGUUUACGUUGGUAAUUUGUCAUGGAAGGUAAAAUGGCAAGAGUUGAAGGACCACAUGAAACAAGUUGGGGACGUUAUACGUGCGGAUAUCAUCGAAGACUACAUAGGAAGGUCCAAGGGCUGUGGAAUUGUUGAAUUCGCAGAUGAAGAAACGGCAGCUAGGGCAAUUUCCGAGCUUAACGAUACUUUAUUGAUGGAUCGCCAAAUAUUCGUGCGUGAAGACAGAGAAGGGUAUAUACCCCGUGCUAAAGCUGAAAGGCGCUCUGAUACACAGGGAGACUUGGACGAUGGAAAAGAUCUCGGACAGAAUUUGCUCGGGGUUGCUGUCAUUGUCACGAAUUUACAAUGGAAAACAACAUGGAAGACAUUAAAGGAUUUGUUCAGAAACUGUGGGAUGGUCGUUAGGGCCGAUGUACUCACCCACGAAGAUGGCAGAUCAAAGGGAGUUGGAAAGGUUGUAUUUGCGGAUGAAAUUGGUGCGAAAAAUGCCAUUAGCAUGUACAAUGAUCACAUGCUGGACGGCAGGCGCAUUGGGGUACGAUUCGAAAAUUAAUUUGUAAUAUUAAUUCAUGCAUUCCGAAGCUUUAAUUUUUAGCGAAUAUUG